AUUUCCGUUUUCAAUGCCUCGAUGGUUCUGAGAGACCUAAAACAGAGUAAUGGCGGGGAUUAAUUAACGAAGAGUAUAGGUCCCUUACACGCGACGAAAAUACACCCCAAACUACCAGGGAAUACGACCACGAAAAAGAUUUUCUCACAACAACACACCAAGAAACAGAGUCUAGAUGAGAAUAUAAUAAGCUUUGAAAAUCGAGGCUGGGUAACUGGCAAUGAUUUAGUAAAAAUUUGUUUAGCAUUGUUUCCAAAUGGUACAAGCAUCAUACUGAUAAGAAGAUCAAACAUCAGUAUGGAACAGACGAGCCUUAUAGCUACCAUUAUUUUGCUUUCGGUUCUACUCCUCCUGGCAAUCUCCUUGAUCGCCAGGCUAGGCUACAAAGCCUGGCGAACUCGUCGCAUCAAGGGACGCAGGACCGUGACAUUUGACUCCACUGCGUCGCGUGACGGAAGCUAUAUGCCAGUCACACAAGCCGACCUUUCUACCCCCGCGUCUCUACGAUUGCCUAGUACAAGUGACUCCCCAUUCUCAAGUGGCGAGGUAAGACACGUCAGAGUCCAACCUCUUCUUAUCCGACGCUCGGUCCCAGACUCUCCUGACUCAGCACAGACCACACCUAAAACACCGCUUGCAAAGGAUUUGGGAAGCCUGGAUCCCAAUUUGUACACAUUUGAAACACAGGAAGAAGAAGACGGGGACGUGUUCUUUAGCGGCGGAAACCACAAGCUCGGUCAAGUCCACUUCACGGUACAGUACGACAUUCGCCGCACUGUCCUCACCGUCCGUCUUAUCAAAGCCAUCAACCUUUCACCCCUGGAUGGCGAGUGGAGCAAGCCGUGUAAUCCAUUCGCUAUCGUUCAACUACAACCUGAUUAUCAACACCAGCUGCAGUCCUACGUUCAGCGUAAGACAACAAACCCGAACUUUGACGAGACGUUCGAAUUUGAAGUUCUUGUGCAAGAGCUACAGCGUCUGUCUCUAUGUAUAACACUACACUCGUUCGACACUUUCGCGAGUCAUGAUAUUAUCGGUCAGGCGUUGCUACCUCUUGCAGACCUCGACCUCAAUAAAGAAAACAUUUAUAUUACAGACCUCAGACCUAGUCUCAAGCAUGUGGAUCUGGGUGAGCUGAUGGUGUCCUUGGGCUACCUUAAGUCUGCCGAACGCCUCACUGUAGUACUGAUCAAAGCACGAAAUCUUCCUGCCGUCAAUAUCAAAGGGACAGAUCCAUACGUCAAAGUGUCUUUAUUAAUAAACGGUAAACGCGUCAAGAAGAAAAAGACCUCCACGAAAAAAUCCGACUUGCAUCCCGUAUUCAACGAAGCUGUAUCAUUCGACAUUUCAAAAGAACUGCUAAGCAACAUUGAUCUUCUUCUAUCUGUCAUGCACGACAAUGACGUCAUAGGAUCUUUUUUGAUUGGUGCGCAUGCGCAGGGCAAGCAGCAUGAGCACUGGCAAGAUGUGCUGACCGCUGACCGUCCAAUUGCUCACUGGCACAUAUUGCAAGACCCAAAGAAGUUUUAAUGAGUAGAAUAUUCAUAUUUAUAGUUAAAGUUUUAUAAACCUAAUUCAAAAGUCCACAAUGUCUUAAUAGAAAAAAAUAAUACCCGGCAUUUGUAUAUCGCCAAGUAACAUCGAAAGACAUGAUCAAAUGUUUUUUACAUGACACAUACUUUAGUCUUUAAUCGUCAGUGUACAAUCGUGGUCACAUUGCAUUGCGACACAGGGUUCCGGUGCGAUUAAAAAAGCGUGCGCGCAUAAUCUAUUUUUGUUUUGAGUUGAAUGCUUCUUUAGAACCGUCUCCUCUCGCCCUUCGUCCCCCCCCCCCCCCUCUUCAAUGUUGGAUGAUGCCAACGCCAAAACACUUGACGCAACAUUGAAGGGGGGGGUUCUAAAGGGGGUUGUAAAUAUUAUCUUACGGGUUUUGUGCUCUUGCAUGGAUUAUUGUUUUGAAAAUUUGGACAAAUUCCGACAAUUUCCCGAUGAUUUUUACCAUGAUUGUAGAUACUGCUAAACACAUCUAAUAUUUUCGGUUGAUAUGAACGUACGAGCCAAGGUUAAAACUUUUCCCAAUUGUAAAUAGGAAAAAUCUUCCAAUACAUAUUAAAUCGGCAAUGUCACCAAUUUACUUACGGCCGAUUACAAGUUAAUUAUCAACGCCCCUGUAAUCCCAUGUUCUCUACCCCUGCAACCUUUAUUAUUAACGCUCCUGUAAUCCCAUGUUCUCCCUUAAAGGUCAUGUAAUAACUACUUACUAACCGAGAGUGAGGUCAUGCCGGGAAAUAUCAAACUGAGGCUUUGGCGUAUCGACCAAGGCUUUGCGAGGUCGAUGGUCGAGGUUAGUAAGUUGCGAGGUCGACGGUCGAGGUUAGUAAGUUGUUUGUUAUAUGGCUUUUUAAAAUAAAAAUGACAAGAAAACAAAUCAACUUUCGCUUUCGCGCGAAUAUCGAUUUUAUCGAUCGAUUUCAAAAAGGCGGGAAAACAAAAAACACUCGCGCGCUGAAAAAUCAAAAAUGUAAAUGAGUGAAAAGAUUCAACAACAAGUAAUUGGUAGUAAUUGGACGACUCUUGGAAGCUACAGGUUUUAUCAUUGGUGAAGUUGAUCAAAAAAAUAAUAAAGAAAGCUGAGUUGUCAGUCUUCACGGCA